GCUGGGCAGCUCGGCUCGGACCCCCGGUAGAAAAAGGGGGGUGGGGCUCCCCUCCUCCCUCCCAUCCAUCUCUCCCAUUUGGGGUCGUCCCCCCCCGGAAAUCGAAAUCCCAGCACCACCGCCACCGCCGCCGCGCCCCCUCCCGCUAAACGCACGCCUCGCCUCCACCCCCGCGCCCUCCACGAGGCGAUUUCUCUACACCUCAGAGCUCGGAUUCACGCGGGAAGAGAUCCGGGCCCCGCGGCUCGGAUUAGGCCCUCCUGCCCGCGCUGGAUUCCGCUGCGUCGGCGUCGAUUCGGGCUCAGGCCCCCCAAUCUGGUAUUAUGGUAAUGAAGAUGGAGAUUGAGGACGAUGGUGUCAUUCGAGGAACUGGUGGGGUAUGGACGGAGGAGGACAAAGCCCUCGGUGCUGCUGUGCUCGGAACAGAUGCCUUUGCAUAUUUAACAAAAGGAGGUGGUGCCAUAUCUGAGGGUCUUGUUGCCGCAUCUUUGCCUGUAGAAUUGCAAAACAAACUCCAAGAGCUUGUCGAAUCUGAGUGCCCUGGUGCUGGUUGGAACUAUGCCAUCUUCUGGCAGCUCUCACGCACAAAGUCUGGUGAUCUCAUCCUUGGAUGGGGGGAUGGCUCUUGCCGUGAGCCCCGAGAUGGUGAGGCGGGAGCUGCUUCUUCUGUAGGUAAUGAUGAUACCAAGCAGCGGAUGCGCAAGCGCGUGCUGCAGCGGUUGCACAUAGCAUUCGGGGGUGCAGAUGAGGAGGAUUAUGCUCCUGGUAUUGAUCAGGUGACAGAUACUGAGAUGUUCUUCCUAGCAUCUAUGUACUUUGCUUUUCCUCGUCGUGCCGGUGGCCCUGGUCAAGUAUUUGCAGCAGGCACCCCCCUCUGGAUUCCAAAUAAUGAGCGCAAGGUAUUCCCAGCCAAUUACUGUUACCGGGGAUUCCUUGCAAAUGCGGCAGGAUUUAGGACUAUUGUUUUGGUGCCUUUUGAGAGUGGUGUGCUUGAACUGGGCUCAAUGCAGCACAUAGCUGAGAAUUCUGAUACUAUCCAGACCAUACGGUCUGUGUUUGCAGGGGCAAGCGGUAAUAAGGCUGCAGUUCAGAGACACGAGGGAAAUGGUCCUACUACUACUGAAAGGUCGCCUGGUCUGGCAAAGAUUUUUGGGAAGGAUUUGAACCUUGGCCGGCCUUCAGCAGGGCCAGUGGUUGGUGUAUCAAAGGUAGAUGAAAGGUCAUGGGAACAGACGGCUGCUGCUGGUGGGAGCUCAUUGCUUCCCAAUGUCCAGAAAGGAUUGCAGAAUUUCACUUGGAGUCAGACUCGGGGCCUGAAUUCUCAUCAGCAGAAGUUUGGCAAUGGUGUGUUGAUUGUGAGUAAUGAAGCCGCACACCGCAACAAUGGAGCCGCCGACAGCCCUAGUCCAACACAGUUUCAGCUUCAGAAAGCACCUCAGCUUCAGAAACUGCAGCUUCAGAAAUUACCACAGAUUCAGAAAACACCACAGCUAGUGAACCAGCAACAGCUGCAGCCACAGGUGCCUAGGCAAAUUGAUUUUAGUGCCGGGACCAGCUCCAAGUCUGGUGUUUUGGUUACAAGAAAUGCUGUUCUGGAUGGGGAGAGUGCAGAGGUGGAUGGCUUGUGUAAAGAGGAAGGGCCACCACUUGUUAUAGAGGACCGACGGCCAAGGAAGAGGGGAAGAAAGCCUGCGAAUGGGAGGGAAGAACCACUUAAUCAUGUUGAGGCUGAGCGCCAGAGGAGGGAGAAGCUCAAUCAGCGGUUCUACGCCCUCAGAGCUGUUGUCCCAAACAUAUCAAAAAUGGACAAGGCCUCCCUGCUGGGCGAUGCGAUAACGUACAUCACUGACCUCCAGAAGAAGCUCAAAGAGAUGGAGACGGAGAGAGAGAGGCUUUUAGAGUCCGGUAUGGUGGAUCCAAGGGAGCGAACACCUAGGCCGGAGGUGGACAUCCAGGUGGUGCAAGACGAGGUUCUUGUCCGUGUGAUGUCUCCUAUGGAGAACCAUCCAGUGAAGAAUGUCUUCCAAGCUUUCGAAGAGGCAGAAGUCCUUGUAGGCGAGUCAAAGGUCACCAGCAACAACGGGACAGUAGUCCAUUCCUUCAUCAUCAAGUGUCCUGGCGCCGAACAGCAAACGAGGGAGAAAGUGAUCACUGCGAUGUCUCGCGCGAUGAGCAGUUGAGCAGAGCGUAGGAUCAGUUGAGGAGCUGGCAGCGCGGGUAGAGGAGGCAGGCGGUUUGCUGUGUUGGUUGCGAACAAGCAGCAGCCUUUGACAUGUUCCAUUGUCGAUAGAAAGCUGUAGGUCGAGAGAGCAAGAUCAGAUUCUGACUUUAGCAAUGCAAGAAAAGGCUCUGCCAUUGUAUGGUGGUAGGUCCUUGUGGUCCUUGUAGUUUUGAUGUUUUUAUUGGGAUGGGAUGGAUGGACACCGUGUUCCUAGUGUAAGCUUGAUGCAGCAGAACAAUAAACAGUAGUAGUACAUGUUUUUCC